GGAGUACGUUCGUGUGAGAAGCGAAAGGAUGGCUAAAAACUACUCGAAAUGUUUGGUGCUGCUGGCCCUACUAGCCACUGUAUGCUGGAGUACAAGCGAAGCCGAAACGACAGCUACGACGACAUCGACCAAAUGUCCACAGCAGUGCACUUGUGAAUUCAACGCUACCAUCCGAUGUACGAGUGUGAUUGGUUUGAGGAGUUUGGAUAAGUCGCUGCCGAUCGCCCGAUUGGAUCUGUCGGGGUUGGAGCUAACGAAGGUACCGGGAGUGUUGGAGAAUGUGCGAAACAUCACCGAACUGGACCUUUCGGACAACAGGCUCGCGGAGGUGAGUCACUUGGGUAAACGCAUCCGCAAGCUCGAUCUCAGCCACAAUCGAAUCACGUCCGCCAAGUUGGCCCGCAUACCACCGUUCGUGGAGUCGCUUAACCUGACGUACAACGACAUUACCUACCUGCCACUACACCUGAUGAAGCUGAAGAGGCUACGCUACAUCGAGCUGGCGAACAAUCCGAUCAACUGCACGUGCGAGACGUUACACAUCCGCAAUUGGCUUACGUCCCGGCAUGUGUGGUCAGACCAACACAUCAAGUGCAUGGCACCGGCAGAGUUUAAGGGUCAACCAUGGUUGCAGGUCCGUCAGUUUGACGUAUGCAAUCCGUCGGUGGUGGAGGAACGCAAAGAAGGUUACCGUUGGGAUGACUAUGAGGACGACAACGAACUGAUGCUGGGAGAUGCUGCUCAUCACGAGGUGAAUGAUCAGGACGAAGAUGACUUCAAGCGGGAAUACCUGCCCGUGGGUGAGAAAGUGAAGCGCAACGAACCGCCGAUCGUAGUGCACGACAAUGAAGAUGAGGAUGGUUCUGGAGGUGGUCCAGCAAUUGGCGAGGAGUCUCCCAUUGGAGAGGAGGAACGACGAAAGGUGUUCGAAGGUCCGGCUGAUGAAGGCAGUGGAGAGGAUGCUUUUAGUGCACGUGUGGUCGAUUCGAAUGAUGGUGAGGAAGACGAGGACGUAACGGAUGAUGGUAGCGGUAGUGGUGGAGGAUUGUUCAAGGGUUUCGGACAUAUCAGUCAUGAAGAUCCUCGUGGUGCCACGACUGAAACACCGAUCGAUGAUGGUCAGGAGGAGGAACCAGAUGAACCUCCGAUGGAACCUCCUAGCAUUAACGAAGGCCUUGGUAUCUUCCGGAAGGAUGAAGAUGACGUUUCGACCGAAACGGACUCGACCGAGACCACAUCGGAGCCAACGAAUGCGCGCGUAAUGAUUGGAGCGGCGGGCGUAAUGAAGACGGCUAGUGACGCGGGUAAUACUGGUGGAUCCCAACAUCCAUCAUCAGAGACGCCUUUGGUGGAGGAGGGUGCAACGGUAGCAACGCAAUCCGAGGAAGACAACCAGAAGACGUACUUACUGCUGGCAAUUCUGGGCAUCAUCGUAGUGUCACUGAUCGUAAUGGUUGUGUGUAAGCGGAAGCCUGACUCACGCAAUCGGCGCGGCAAGUACGAUGUGGAGACGGCCAACGGUCAGGGACGUGAGAUGAAGGAGAUGAACAAGAACCUGCUCGAGAAGGGACCGGGCGAACGGAAUGGACAUGGUGGUGCCGGAGCACCCGAACAAACCCCACUGAUGGCCCCGGACAAACCAGACUACGAGCGGGUGUUUGGCGAUCCACAAAAGACCGCUUUCAGUCCAGUGAAACCAGUGCGAACGUCACUCGAGAAGCCGAUGGAAUCGUUCAAACCGAUUGCAGCCGAACGGCGAACGCACGAACCGGUACAGGGUGCACCGGCUACGGACAACAACAAUACGACCGGUUUACCGAACGGGAACGGUGCACUCCACAACGGCGAUGCACCGGCCGGUGUUCACAAGCCCAACCAUGUGCCAUCAACGAACGAGGACGUCACCGAUCCAGACGGUCAUCUAGCGGUCCCGAUGGAAUCGCCCCGCUCCAAGCGCUACAGCCCAAUUUAUGUGCCUACCUCACCGAAAUCAGAUCGCUACAGUCCGGUGUACUCGCCGGAAACGGGCCGUGUGAAAAUUAAGCUUACCGAGACGCCGAAACCGAAGACCCCGAUCCUGGUGACGCGGAGUCGUUCGCGGGCGGGCGAUAUCAUUACCACGAUGGAUGAUCAGAAAUUCUAGGGUACGGUUGCGCAGAGGUGGCUCAAGCAGAGCAGCAGUGAAAAGACUACGAUACGUCAUACCUCGUGACACACACCGCCUGUUGCUCGUGACCGCGUGUGACGUUCGAUUUUACCGUAUACCGUGAUAUCGGGGUGUGUCGCGAUUGAAAUCGCUGCUAAUCUACUAAUCCUACCUCGACCAAGGUGAACUCCUGCGUGUUGGAAUAAUAGUCGAGAUCAGGAUGGACUGCUUUCAUUGCUUUCAUUGUUUUUCCCCUUUUGUGUGAUCUUUCGUGAGUUGGUGCGUGUUGGACAAAAUGCACAAAACCAUAUUAUUUGCCUUGGUGCCUACCAUCUUCCCUGAAGCACGUGCCGUAGUCUCAUCUGUAAAGUCAUCCUCUCACAUGGGACCCUUGAGAAGCGAUGAUGAUGAUACCAUCAGAUGUAGCCUUUUCUAACCAAUACGAUCCUACAGAAUCCUUCUUCCUGCCUAUCGCAACGCGCUUGUGAAUGAUGAAGAGUUCCAGCUAUAGAAGGUUUACUAUAUCGCGACAAGAUCGAUGAAAAUGUACAUAGUGUUUAGAAAAAGCGAGGGUCGGUGAGAUCGUUAUGAGAGGGGUAGGUGUAGAAUAGUGGUAGUAGCAGUGGUAGUAAUAACACCGUAACACAACACACACACACAUGUAUUCUAAUUUGCCAAAAUGCCAAUUGCGUUCGAUGAGAGAGAAAGAGAGAGAGAGAUGCCUACAAAAUUUAUCCUAAAAUAUGAAAAGAACCUUUAGAGAAACUAACCAUCGAAAAGAAAAAAAGAGGAAAAGAAACCAUUAGUAUGUAGAUCGGAAUGUAGGAACCGGCAGCAUUGUGGUGCUGAAAUGGGAACGUAUCGUUAAUCAUAUUCAGUAAGUCAUAUAAGAUCGUUUAGGAUAGAAUGUAGAGAGAUCAAAUCGGAAUCGAGCGUUCAGCAACAGAAGAGGGCAAGAAUGUUUUGGAAACCUUUUUACGAGGAGCAAGAAGCAAUGUUACAGCAAAAAGCGUUUACUAGUUCAUGAAAGAGAAAAGGAUAUAUAGGGAGAGUAAAUACGAUUACAUUACUGUAGUUCGAUCCAAUGGUGCGAAAUACCUAGAGGGGUAGCUGAAGAAGUUGUACAUUAAUUGCGAGGAUCGUCAGGAUAGACACAACAACACAAGCAGGCACACAGAUAGAAUGGGAGGGUGCGAAUAGUUAGAAUAAUUAUAUGUGUGGUUGGGAAAUCGGAUGGUCUACGGCGAAUAUGACGAUGUGUCGGUCUUUUUAAUCGAGUCUAGGUUGUUGAUGUUACUUGUUGUAAAAGUGGUAUAUAGGUGUGUCUUUUAUACGGAGCCCUGUUUUAUACAGCCUGGCUGUCACAAACACACACACACAUAUCCUUCAUGUCCAUUGCUUUCAUCCUGUUUGUGGGCCACCAUCAAACCGCCGAGGCGUUAACAAAGUGCAACACCACUCACUGCUGGUGCAAUGAACAUCCGUUUCCAGCGAUGGAGAUUGGGAUUGCCACAGACAGAAUCCGAAGAAGAUAACCGAGUCAAACCGUUUUGUUUUCUGCUUCGAUGCGUUUUGUGUAGGAAGAAAUGUAUUUAAAAUUUUAUAAAUAAUUUAUACUUCGCGUGCGAAGCUAGAGAGACCGAUUGUGAAAAAUAAAAGCGACAAAAAGUGGUAGAGUAAAAAUGAACGGUAUUGCUUUGAUUUUGGAAAGAAAUUAGGUAAGCGAAUGUUUUGCAGCUUUGAAAUAUGAAUAAUUU